GUGCUCAGAAAAUGAGUUUGUAGCCAAGAUAAAGGCAGUGAGGACUCAGAUUACAAUGCCUGGGUGGGUCAGAUCUCCUGUCAAGCAGAUGUAUGUGGCCUUUAGGGCCCGCCUAGGGGAGGGCACAAAGAGGGAUGGGCUCUUGCAAAAUUGCUUCUCUGGAGUCUGUUUCAAAGCUGUGAGAGAUUUUGGGACGCACUCACUCUCUCUCAGACUCUCCUGUAAAACACUUGGCGUGGAAGUACCCUCUGUCUUCCAGAGAUGAGUUUUUCUACCACAGAUUUUUCCUUGCUGAGUAGCUGCUCUGGUUUCUUGUGGUGGAUAGACCAAUGUUAAGUGUCAAGUUUGGAUGCAGAGUUUGUGCUUUCAGAAAGUAGCUGCUCAGUCUGGGAACAGAUAUGCCCAAGGAAGAAUCCCUUAUCAGAUCUGGGCAAGCCAUUCAGGCCUGGUCCAUUUCCGGCAUCAUGUUGCAUCCUCAACAUAACUUUAUUGGAGUCAGUUGAAUUUCUUGGGCCUCCUGUUGCCUUGUGCAGUUAUUCACACCAGUGUAAAAGAGUGAAGAUUGCUGCCUUUCCAAUCUGCAGUAUUGCAUGUCCACUGGGCCUUGGCAACCAACUACUCAAGGUAUAGUAAAGAUGAGAGAUUGCUACUAUAACGAGACCGUAGGUUUUUUCUACAACAAUAGUCGAAAGGAGCUGACGACCUACUGGAGGACAAAAGAUGUCUUGGUUGUUGCCCUGGGCCUUACAGUCAGUGUCAUUGUGCUCCUGACCAACUUGCUGGUCAUCACUGCUAUAAUCAUUAACCGGCGCUUCCACUAUCCCAUCUACUACCUGCUGGGGAACCUGGCAGCAGCAGACCUCUUUGCCGGCAUUGCUUACAUGUUCCUCAUGUUCCACACGGGGCCCCGGACAGCAGGGCUCUCCCUAAAGACGUGGUUCAUCCGGCAGAGCCUCCUGGACACCAGCCUGACUGCUUCUGUGGUGAAUCUGUUGGCCAUUGCAGUGGAACGGCACCAGACUGUUUUUACCAUGCAGUUACACAGCAAAAUGUCCAACCAGCGAGUGGUGUUUCUGAUUUUCUGUAUCUGGAUCACAGCCCUACUGUUGGGCCUUAUUCCUUCCUAUGGCUGGCACUGUCUGUGUGCCCUUGACAAGUGCUCCAGGAUGGCACCUCUCUACAGCAGGAGUUAUCUCACCUUCUGGGCCAUUUCCAACCUGGUCAUCUUCCUUAUCAUGGUGGUUGUCUACACUCACAUCUUCAUCUAUGUCAAGAGGAAGAUGACACGGAUGUCCAAGCACACCAGCUUCCACCCCCGCUAUAAAGAGACCAUGAUCAAUCUCAUCAAGACUGUCAUCAUCAUCCUCAGUGCCUUUGUUAUCUGCUGGACUCCAGGACAGGUGGUGCUUCUCUUGGAUGGGUUGGGCUGCAAAAGUUGCAAUGUGCUGGCAGUGGAGAAAUAUGUCCUCUUGCUGGCAGAGAUCAAUUCAGUGAUCAAUGCUAUUGUCUACUCCUACCGGGACAAUGAGAUGCGCAGCACCUUCCGAAAGAUUCUGUGCUUCAUCUGCUAUAGGAAUUCCAAAUACUCACCUGCACCCAUGAAGCUAAAUGCUGCAGACCGCAGGUUAUUCACUCAGAACGGUCACUCUACUGCGGACUCCUCGAUCUAGUCCCAAUGUCCAUAAAUAUAUAUAUACAUAUGAAGACUGUGGAUAGCAAAGACCUUGGGUGGCCCAUUUGCAAAGCAGAACAACAGUAUUUUUUUUUAAAAACUUCUCCAGUAAAAAUGUUUGGAUGAAAUAUUUCUGUCAGCUCUGUGAGGCAAAAAUGCUUUAAAGACAUACCCACUGGUAUAUUUCUUGGGACAAACAUAUUUUGAAAUAUAUUCCUGCUAUUAAAGACUGCUAUUUUAAUAGCAUAGUUGAUUUAAUUUAGCAGCAUCCAGCAGGCAUGCUAUAUGCUAACCAAGACCCUUGCAUAAUUCUUUCUACAAACGAGACUUGUUUUUUUAAUUCUUCAGUAUUAAUGUCUACACAAAUUACCUUUCCAGUGCUAGGAUACUGCAGGGCCAAACCCCACUUUAUUCAGUCCUUUGUUAAGCACAGCAUCUUCUGAUUUCAGUGAGAUGAUUUUCCUGAGUGCGUCCUGUGCUAGGUUUUAAUCCAGAGUUUUGUAAAAUCAUGUUCUCUUCAAAGACCCCCUAGAGAGGCUUCAGUGUGCAUGAACUUCAUUUUUAAAAAACAUGUUCCUACUUUGGUACGGUGUCUGUUACUGAAUUUCAAAGUAUUCAUUACUUUCAUAGGAUGUCCAGGAACACGUAACACUUUCCUGAGACCACCUGAGCUAUGCUGCAACUAAAAAAUCCAGUUGUGUUACUCUUCUGUUAGGUGAUGCUACAUGGGAGGUUUGACUGCAAAUUUGUUGCCUGUUUGUAAAGAAGGGAUGAGUCAUGUUCCUUGAAACAAUAAUUUUCCACUCAUUAAAGUUCCUUUGGGACAGGUUUUAUGUUAGAUUCCAAAGUAAUCAGCACUUUGCCUUAGGUUUAAUAUAGUGUCUGUAGCUUAAACUCUUCAAACAGCUUGUUAGCAGCUGAAACUUGGUUCACCAAACCCCUUCCUCUUCACACAGCAGCCUGACAAAUGUAAAGGAUUUUUCAGCACUACUUCACUUAGGGUCACAUUCUCUGUUGGGGUAAAUCUUUACUUCAUUGUGUUUACUUCAUCAGAGAAUCUGGCCCUUGAAAUGUAUAUGAACAUUGCAUAUGGUGUCACUGACAUCACAAAAGAAAGAUAAUAUUUAUGAUGCUGGCCAUGUGAGUGACUACAAACUACUCCAAGAUGGUGUCAUAUCAUUCAGAAAGCUUUAGGUGGGGUUUGUAAAACUACUUAAUAUUGGCCUGACUGCCCCCAUGGAAGUUGGUGGGUAUUUUACCCAUGGGUCCAUAGAAACAGAACAAUACUGAGCUCUUUUGAAAGCCUAGGCCAUAAUUUCUAACAAAUAAUAUUUAAUUUUCAAACAUGCAGUAACCUGAAUCUGAAGGGUUUGAGGUCCAUCCCAGCUGUCUUAAACUCUGACCUUCACAGACCCAAAGUUAAUUAAGGGAUUGCUGAGCCAGUGUGGAAUUAGACAGACAUUUGUUUAGUCUCUAACCUUGAGAUCUUUCAGGGGCAACUUUACAUACGUAGUUACCUUUUUUUUUAGAUAGAUGAUUAUCACCAGCCACAGCAUAAACAGCUUACAAACACAGAGCUUAGGUAUGCUUGGAAGCUGCUUAGCUUUCAAACUUCCAGAAAGAAAAUGAGUAGUGCUUUCCUAUACUGGCAAGGAUUUAAGGAAAGAGAUCAAUUCAGCGCAGUGGUACUUAACCUUCUGGCCCUGUAGGCUGGAUGAGUGGAGUGGGGCCAGUCCAUGGGUCCAACUCCAUGUGCCAGCUCAGCUACUUGUGUGACCCUGUGUACCAUCCCAGCCUCACCUGCCAGACCUGACCUUGCUGUGACUGCACACACUGGCUCAGCUCUAUGUGCCAGAUCCAGCCUGAUGCAGUGGAACAUGGAGUUGUCAUCCCACCCACAAGGCUCCCAACAUGUACAGAUGUUUCGUGGUUGGGGGGCAGUGGCAGUAUUGAUUGUCUCUGUUUGUUUGAUCCACAGCUGCAGUAAUUAACACUGCCACUGCUCCGCUACAGACCCACAGGGAGCUCCACAGGCCAGGUAACACACACUUGUGGGCUGGAGAUUUGAGCACCACUGCUCCAGGUGGACUAGUAAGAGUUAGAUUCAGGAGCUUUGUUGACUCCUGAAUAUAGUCCAAACCCCAGAGUUUUCCUGCUGUUUCCACAAAAAGCCCCAAAGCAGCAAGUCAUUAAAAAGAUUUCCACCAAAUACAAAGCAAAAAAGUCCCAUCUUGGAAAUAAAUAUUUGUUCAGAGUCCCUCAUUUAGUAACAGGAAAAAAACCUGUAAACAUUCACAUAAAUAGUAGUGUUUAGAUGUGGAUCAGUACUAAAAUGAUUUCCAAGGGACAGAAUAUUCAUCAUAUUGCAGUUGACUAUGAGCGGGUCUUUGUAGUGGGUGAAAUGACAUGCAAAGAACUGCAGUUGGCUUUUAUGCCCAAUUGGGCCUUUAUUAAGCUGUGCACAUUCCUCCCAAAGGACCCUGCAAACUAGCCUGACCUCAUGCUGCUGGGCUACAGCUGUUGUACAGUGUUAGAGAGCAAUAAGAGUCCCUUCUUAAAAGUGCUUUCACACAGGUGCCCUUCAUAGAGGCAAGAAAGCUGUCUCUGUUAGUGUCCUUAUUAGAUGAUGUGCUGAUACUGUAAAGGCUUGUAUUGUCUCUGUAUUUUUACUUGGUUUGUUUCAAGUUAUCCUGACAGUCACACUUUUGGGGGAAGUAUAGUUAGAAUAUGGCUAACUUUUAUCAGCCAGACACUUCCCUCAGACUCCUGCAUCAGAGACUGCCAGUGCUUUAUUUGUGCCAGUGGAGUCUGAGUUUGAAUAAUGAUGACAAAAUGCAAAAAUUCAGCUCAUGAUUUAGUCUUCUCCUUCAAAAUAGGUUUCCCUUCCUUCAACCAAAACAGUAACUAAAAAGAAAGGGGGGAUGUCCCACACCUGUGAGAACAAGCAUCUGAGUGACAGCUAUCACUCAUUUAAGAGUGGCUUGAGUGUUUAAUAAGGCUUUUCUUCCUGAGUGAUUUAACCUGUAGAAAUCCAGCAGAUUUUAAGAUGUAUGAAACACACAAGGCAGAAUGAAAUCAGGAGGCAUAGAAGCUAGGGGCUGGAAAGUGAUGUUUUAAGAUAAGACUUGAAAAGAGAUGGCAAAUCAGUAAGUUGGAGGAGAUAUAGGGAGGAUUCUAGCAUGUGGAGAGACAAACCACAUAGCACUUGAAAACACUGGUGGAAGGGGGAAUAAAUGGUAUGUACAGACUACACAUAAUCAAAAGGGAUCUUAGACGCUUAAACAUACUGGUCGUGUUCACUUUCCACCUUCCAUUGUUGAAAACCCAAAAUGUCAUCCAAUUAUGUGGUGUCAUGACUUGCAUGUUUAUAUUACAUUUCUCAUUCAUCUUACUGUAUGCCUAACUAAAUACUUUGCAGGAAAGGUUAUGAUGUUAUAUGCCGAUAUAUUAACUUUCUCUGGGCAACUUAGAGUCUCCAGAUUUAAUUUUCUCACUGCACGAUGAAUGAGAUGCCAUCGAGUGCAUGUGAGUUCUGUCUUUACUGUCAUACAGGAUUCAUGACUCACUGAACCUGUGCCAGUUCUUUCACCUCAGAUGUCUUGGCUCAGCGCACAGUGCAGCGGUACUGGCUGUAAAGCUAGCAUCCCUCACUCUGUUCAGUUCAAGAUUUCUAAAAUCAGUGUGAAAGUGGCUUUGCAAGCUCAUCAUCUUUCAUUAAAUUUCUUCUGAUGAAGAAAUCUCUCUGGAGUUUGAACUUGGACAGCAUUGUAUUGUUCUAGAUGUCAGAGGUGCAUGUGACUAUUAUAGACUUAAUGAACGUUGGGUGGGAGGAAAGAGAGAUCUAGGAACUAUUUUUAAGGGAUCAAAUAUGGGACAUAUGAGGACACACCGCUUGAUCAAAGAUAGGCUGCAUGGCUCCAAGAAUGAGGGGUCGUGGCUUCCUGGCUAGUUGGAAUUCCUUAAGCAAGUUGCUGCCAAAAGUAAUAUGGGGCAAGUGUAUUCUGAAAGGACCUGACACACUGGAGAUUAAUAUUGAAGGUUCUGUGGAAGUUUGAUUUAUUGGAACUGAAACUGGUGUAAGGGGUGAAGAUGAGUGAAGAGAAGUAGGAUUGUUAAGGGGAAGUUAUUUAUGUAUACCCCCAAAACCUUCCAAAGAAUUGGGGAAAAAUGUCCGUUUUGUAGCGACCACUUUGGCAUCAAGUAACUGAGAAUAACUACAAGCCUGUCAUCUAAUUUUAAUAAGUAAAAAAUAAUUGGUUUAAGCGAAGGGAACAAUUAAUAUUUAAGGCUAGUAAGGACAGGUUAGAGGAUUAUGAGAUCAGUAAACAAUGAACAUAAACGUUUGGGGGGGUUUCUGGCUUUGAACAUGCAUUGAUGUAGCUGCAAAACCUGGCUUCUUUCUGCCAUGGAAAGUGCAUGUAGAAAAGAGGUAAUACAGGAAAGAAAGGUCACAUCAGUUAUUCCCUGUGGUAUUUCCAUGAGAAGCUUUCCAUUGUGUCCUUUAAAUCAUCCUGAGGGGGAAUAUUUGUUUUGGCCAGUACAAACGUUUGUAUAAAAAGCACAAUGGUAGUAUCCAAGAGCAGCUGGGUUUCCUGAAUAUGGGUCGUCUGGGGAUUGCAAUCAGUCAUUUAAUAGUAAUUCUUAUGCACAGCUGGUGGCUGAGAGUUAGCAGUGAGCAGGAUACUUGAGGGCUUUCCAUGCUGGUACACAGAAUGUGUCCCAGCCCAAUAGACUAGCUUUAAAUGGACUUUUCAGGAAGUUUGGCUCUAGCCCCUCCAGAUCUUGUGACCAUGGUGGGAGGGAAGCUUAAGUAUAGUGUCACAGUUGUGAGAUACUAGCAGAGAUUGUGAACCAGGAUCAAUGUUUUCUGACUUGGGGAAUUACAUGUAGGCAUCUAGACCUAUGUUUAGGGACCUGCUUGGUAAAUCAGUGGUCUCAGUGGCAGCUUCCAUUGAGGGAGCUUGGUGUUCAGCAUCCAUGAAAAUUGGGCUGCUCAAGUAGGUGCUUAAACAUAGAUUUGGGUACAUGACAUUAGGAAUGUGAGCUGGAAAAUACUGACUCCAGGUGUUAUAUGGGCUGUCCGGUUAUUAAAAUACCUGAUUCCCAUAUACACUGCCAUGCUGUCAUAGAGGUACAAAGAGACUGUACUAUGAAUCAGAUCAUACGGUGCUUCUUGUAAAGAGCAGUGUUUAUGGUUGAUCUCCCUACACUUCUGUAGCUUGCUGUGUCCCUGGCCAUUCAGUAGUAGUUAUUGUGAAUAAAUCCUAUGAGAAUGUCUCUUUUGCUGGACCAUAGGCAGUUCUCAUACUUCCGGCAUAAGCAACCUCCAACUAUUGGGAGAUACGAGGAGAUUUUUCCUGGCGCAGUUUAUCCUGCAAUGGACAAUGCGAAGGUGUCUGGCAUCUUCUGAAUGAAUUGAUAGUAGUUACAAUCAGAGAUUGGGCUAACUGGGCCCCUGAUCAGCUCUAGUCUGGAGACUCUGAUGUUACUGCAUUUUCAGAGAUCUUGCUACUAGGCUGCUGGCUGCUUUUGAAUUUCAGAACUAGGAUGCUCAGAUACAAAGCUGAUGGUGUAGUAUAAAACAUGACAGUACUACUGCAGAUGGGUCCUUGACAGUCCACAAGUUAAGGUAGGAACUGUGAUAAAUACCCUGUAGAGAGUACAAGAGGGUGGAGACUGGAAUCUAUUAGUGUGUUCUUUGAAAAUCAGCCACGUAAGUAAACUGUUUACUAACAUGUUUUACUUGGUCAAAGUUGUUUUUGAAAUGUCUUGUCCUUUCUUGCAUGCUGCAGCACAACUCAUUAAGUGAGGUUGUUUUAAUAGGCCUAAGUUUUGUGUUUGGCUGUUGGGUAUGUAAAUGCAUCUUUCUCUUUAUAAAUCUAGCUUUUUUUAUUAAAGUAUUUACCACACAUUGUAAAUAAAUCAGACCAAUGAGAAUGCA